AUGCCCCGUGGGCUGCUCGUCCCCUCGCCGGGAAUCCCCACCCGCACCGCCGGUAACCAGGGGAACAUCCUCGAGAGGAGACGCGGGGUUGACGGUAACCGAGGCGCGAUGCUGGGGAAGGAGCGCGGCCGGCUCCCCGCGGCCGUCAGGGUGGUCGUGCGCCGGCUUCCCGGGGCCUGGGGCGCUGAGCUCGGAGCCCGGCGCCCGGCGGCGCUGGAAGGACUCGGAGGAAAGCGCGUCCGCCUCCCGGCCCCUGAAGGGCUCCUCGCGUGUGAGGGGUCGGCCGGCUGCGCUGGGACCUCGGCAGGUCCAGAGGCGCGCGACGCCCGGGACGGACUUUCCUUCCAGGGGGAGGGCGGGGGCUCCGCGCGCUGCUGUCUGUUGGGAAGGGAGAGGGAGAGGGAGAGGGAGAGGGAGGAGAGCCCAGCCCUGGGGCUGCGGGGCCCUAGGGAGCAGGCGGCUGGGCGUCGCGGGGCUCGGAGCCUGGGUGCCAGGGCGCAGGCGGAGGCCCGGGGCAGGAGCCAGGGCGCAGGUUCUCCGCCCGCCCCGGGGCAGCAGCAGGAAAGGCCCCGCGGCCGGGGGACGCGCGCUCCGCCACUGCGUGGACCCGGACCACGGAGCCCGCGGCGGGCCGGGGCUGGCCCCGAACUCCAGCGGCAAGUUCGGCCCCGAGGACCCGCGCAGCCCUGGGGCGACUCCAGCCUCACUGCCCUCCUCCCGGGUCGGGGGAGGCGGCGUGGAGCGCGGAGAGCAGCCCGGAAGCGGGAUCCGCCGGGACGACCGGAGCGCGCUGCCCGCGGUGACGGCCGGGCCGGGCCCCGGGACGGGGAGGUGAAGGGCGAGGUGGCGGCGAGGCGCGGGGCGCCGGGAGGGACCGCGGGCCGAGCCGAGGGCGCGCCUCCCUCCCUUCGGGAGAGUCUAAGGGUUCGGAGGCUGCGAAGUGCGCCUGAAGACCCCGACCUUAGGAGCCUGCUGUGUGGGACUAGGCCGAGGCGGGAGCACUGGAAGCCAAGGCGCCUAGAACCGAGGCCCGGGGGAGCGUGGGCUUCUGCAGUCAGUGGGUCCGUGACUCUCCCUCGAGAACUCUCCUGUGUAGUGAGUCUUUAUCUUUUGGGAAAUAGUGGCUGGUGUACAAUCGCCUUGGUGAAAUCAAAAGUUUCAAAACCAAAUUGUCAACCUAUGUCCAGAUAUAAAAGAUAAAGAGCAGGGAAUUUUGCGAUCUUGGGAAAGGUUGUAAGGUGUCCUCUAAUCAGGCAAGGUUCUCUUGAAAAGUUGGACACCUUUAUUUCAAAGUUUUUUAAAAAAUUAUUUUUGGGUUUACAGCUGCGCUCGUACUUUAUUUCACAAGUGAGGAGGUGAGAGAUAGGGAUAAACUGAUCGUCAUUUUGAAGCCAGAAAUGUAUUCCACACCAUUUUUCAGAAAAACACUUAAAUUUUUAGAAUCUCAAGCUAGCCAGAGUAGACUUGAGAUUUUCCUUUUCUUUUUGGUUAUUGUUCCUCACAUUUGUGUUAGAAAAUGUGUUGAGAGGGUGGUCUGUAGCUGUGAGCAGUUUGAGUUUCCAGAAUCUUUUGCAGUUAGGUGGGAAAGAUUUGUUUGCUCUUUUUAUGGAAGAAAUAAACUGACCAAGCUUAAUUUUACCAAAUCAAUGUAAAAUCAUGGUCUCCUGCAUAUACAUUUUCAUACCAAUCUAAAAAACAAAGUCAUCCUGCUCCCGUGCUAAUUUUAGGUUCAUUACACCUAUCCUGGGUCCCCUGUACACAUUUCUUUAUAUCUACACGGCACCAGCUGAAGGGGAUCUCUCUUCACCAAUGGGAUCAUAUUUUCGUCUAUCCUAGAACUUUCCAGUAAUAGUGUAUCUGGUGUUCUUGUUUUUUGUCUUUUUUUUGGUACCGGGGAUCGAACUCGGGUCCUUGCACGUGCAAGGCAGGCGACAGAACCACUGAGCUAAAUCUCCGGCAAUAUCUGGUGUUCUUAUCUUCCUACAAGAUGGAUCUACGUUUACUCGUUGGUGGCUUUUUCCACUCUUCCUUGGUGUCCACAUCACACGUCAGGCCGACAGAAAUUUUUAUCCUUGACUUAAUUCUUCAGCACAGCGGGCCGCAGCCUUUCAGAGGGCCUCCUGUGGCCUUGAGAGACCGAAGCCUGCUCUCUGGGAGCUGUCGAGCGACUCGGUCCCCAGCGAGGCGAGGGCGGGGUCAGAAGCGCUAGGAGAGGCUCAAGCGGGACCAGAUCGGCGCCCAGGACUCCUCCCGGCAGCGUGGCCUCUGACGGCCUAGGCCUGUCCCCUGCAGCCCAGUGUUGCCGCGCCCACACACGGACGCAGCCCCACCGCAACCCCCCGUGCUCAAGCGCGCCCCCACUCGACUGCUGCCAGCUCCCCGCUCCCAACCUGUCCAGGCUGCACGACGUGGAGCUGGAACCAACUUUUUUCACUCCUCCGCUGCCCGGGGCCAGUGCUACCCGGAUGUCUGCAUGGUCAGCAGGCUGCGCAAAGCGGCGCCUCCUGGAGCCCCCGGCGCCCAGGACCCAUACUGCUGCGUGGCCGGGGGGCCCUUAAGUGCUGCAGCACGGUCAGGUCGUCCUCUUCAUGGUCCUCAAUCUUCCUCAGCAGCAGCAGCCCCCCGCUGCUGGCCCGGCCGUGAUUGCUCCACAAUUACACCCCUGCCUGGACUGUAUGAACUGUAACCAGCUUGAAGCUGGCCCUUAGGGACAGGCAGCUCAGCUGCCAUUGCUCCAUCCUCUGAGAUCUGAUGCCAGUUUACCAUGUAUUAGGUACAUUAAAGGAAAUGUUUCUUUCUCAGAACGAACUUCUCAGUACGAACGUGGUGAUCUGCUUAAACACAUAGUCAAUGUCUUUGUAUUUUUUAUUUAUGUGCAUUUUAGCAUUACAUUUGGAUUGUCUUGCUAAAAGGGGAAAAUUAAUGAGCUAUAAUAGAAAGCACUUUUUUCCUUCAAACAUCAUCUCACUCCAGCCAUUUUAAAACAUUUUCCUAACAUUCAGUGAGUACCUUCUACAGUUUGUCAUUAUCCCCAAAGUUCUAAGUUAUUGACCUCUUUGUAAAUUUGAAAAUACAG